UAAUAAACUAAUCAUCCUGUCAAAAGCGGGCGGCACUCAAUGAUAGAGAGCAGCAGCCAUUAGAGCUCGGCGGUUGGCUACCUGGGCCUAGCCUUAGCCUAGCCCGUGGACUUUUCCUUCCCCGUCGUCAACAGCACACCUCCAGACUUGCUCCUCCCUCCCCUUCCUCCCCGCGUUGAACCAUUCCACCCUCCUCCGCAGCUACAAAGCACCGUACGGCUCGCUCCGGCUCGUCGUCGUCUUCCCCCUCGGCUCCCCGCGCGGCUAGCUGCAGCGACCCCGCGCACAUGGACGCGUCGUCGGGCGACCGCUCGUCGCCGCGCAGCCGGCAGCUACAGGGCCCGCGCCCGCCGCGGCUCGCCGUCAGCAAGGACUCGCACAAGGUCAGGAAGCCGCCCGUCGCGCCGCAGCGGCACCACCACCUCCAGCAGCAGCAGCAGCAGCAGCAGGUCGUCCAGCACCAGCAGCAGCACCAGCACCAGCACCAGCACCAGUACCAGCAGCAGGCGCGGCAGCCGGUCAUCAUCUACGACGCCUCGCCCAAGGUCAUCCACACCAAGCCCGGGGACUUCAUGGCGCUGGUCCAGCGCCUCACCGGCCCGGGCUCCAGCUCCCAGGCGCAAUUCGACGCCGCCGCAGCGUCCGGGGCCGGGGCGGGCGCGGGGACGUCCUCCGACGCGCCGUCGCAGGCGGCGUCGGCGAUGGAGUUCGAGCCGCGGGAGUUCCUGCUCUCGCCCACCGCCGCGCUCUCCCCGGCCGCGCGGCUGGCCGCCAUCGAGAGGUCCGUGCGCCCGCUUCCCCCGCACGCGCACCCGCCGGCGCCCGUCCCUCCCUCCUACUACGGCGGCGCGACCGACGACGACUUCUUCCUUUCGGCCUCCGCCUCCGCGGACCUGGAAAGCUUCGCGGCGGCCCUCGGCGGCGCGCCGUCCGUUCGCCCCGGGAUCCUCUCGCCCGCGGCGCUCCCCCCGGCGGCCUCCACGGGGCUGUUCUCGCCGAUGCCGUUCGACCCGAGCUGCCUCUCGUGGCUGAGCGAGCUGAGCCCGUUCCUCCCCUCCGCUGGCACCCGUGCGGAGCAGGCGCCGUUCGCGCCCAGCCCGCGCAGCAACCUCCUGCUGGCCACGCCCACCAUGCCGUCGCCGGCCACAGUCUCCGUGCUCGAAUUCUUCAGCAGCGGCACCUUCCCGGACAUGUAAAUCCCCGAUGUUGAUCAUUAACGACACCCAUCCUCCUGAUUUGAUUAAUUGUUUCUCUGCCGUCCCGUCCGGUGCAAUUGACUCGAGAAAUCAUGCAUCAAGACUUCCGUGCCCUAACAGCCGGGUUAAUUUAAUUGAUCACUUUUACCGUCUUGGUAAUUUGGGCGAUGAGCAAGAAUCAUUCAGUUGCUGAGAUGAAGCAGUGGUUACAUUGAUUUAUUCUUUUUUUUAUUUUAAAGUCCAUUGUCUUUUUUUUUGGGGGGAUUGGAAGUCCAUUGUUAGAUAUUCUUUUGUUUUGUGUUGGCCGGAUCAGUAGCGAGAGAGGGCAACUUGGCUUUGGCCAGUAGUGGUAGCUACUGAUUCAUUAAUUAAUUGACAAAGGAGUAGGAGUUUUCCUUCUCAAGUUUUCUCCGUUUCCAUGGAUUGAAAUCGUCAACUGCAGGUAGGUAGAGGCUGCUAAUGUUCUUUCUUUUCUUGCUUUUUUGUUUUCUUUAAUUCUUAGUGAUAUGAAUAUCUUACUUGUCAUCAAAAGGAGAUGAUGACUGGUCUUUCAUGUAUAGUGUACUGUAGUUUAAUUUGUC